UGGGUGUUCCCACUACUCAAGUUUUCUUGCUGUGUUUGUCUUUUCAUUUUUUCUGGGUCAUUUUGUCACCCGGGCUUGUCAAAGCUGACAGAACAGCUCGGCCUGUGAUCGGCCCAUUUCCUCUGCCGGAGACCAGGGAAUGCACAAAAGUAGCUGAAAGCUGGGAGGACAGAUAAGUCAACAUCCAUGGAAAACAACUUCACUUUUAAGGAGGGCAGUGACAUGUCAUAUGAAGACAGUGACUCGGCCUUUCCUUCUCCACUGAGACUGACUAUACCAGGUCAGAGUGACAUUAUUGACCUUGAAAGGGGGAGGGAGGAAGGGGAAGAUGAUGAGCCAUCGCCGGAGCCCAUCGUCAUUCCCUGCAAUCCAGACGCUUUUCUGAACCUGAAUACCAAUGCCACUACAAGAGGGGAUGCUCAAGCCUAUGUGGAGCUGAAUGAGCUCCAGGGCAACAUCUGGCAGGAGACUAGCCGCUGGGUGGGCUAUGAGGAGAACCUUAACCCUGCCACAGGAACAUGGGCUCCUUCUCAUAUCUCCUAUCUCACCUUCAACAGCCUGCUCCAGGUCCGCAAAAUCAUGAGUACAGGUGCGGUCAUCUUUGACCUGAAUGCCAGCAGUCUGGCUUCUGUGGCUGAGAAAGUGGUUGAUGAGCUGGUGAGCAAAAAUGAGAUCCGUUCCAGUGAUCGAGAUGACCUCCUGAGAGCUCUCCUGAUGAAACGCAGUCAGUCUGAGGGACCUGUGGCUUUUUCCUCUGGAGACAUUCAAAUGCAGACCUUUUCUGUCACAAAGAAGAGAGACACUUCUGAUAACAUAGAGGCUUCAAUUGUCCUCUCAGGUGCUCUGGAUCUCCUGCAUAAACCAGUGUUGGCCUUCGUCAGACUGAGUCACUCUGUGGUGAUAGAGUCCAUCCUGGAGUCUUCUGUCCCCAUUCGCUUCGUCUUUGUCUUGGUGGGCCCCAGCAGCAGUGGAUUAAACUUCAGUGAAUGCGGCCGCACCAUGGGUGCCCUGAUGGCCGACUGGGUGUUCUGUCUGGAAGCUUACUUGGCUCAGACUCCAAAAGAUCUCACCGAUGCCAUCGCUGACUUCAUGGACUGCAGUAUUGUGAUUCCUCCCACUGAGAUCCAAGAUAAGGCGAUGUUGGAGCCAGUGAUUGACUUCCAGAAAAAACUGUUGUGUGACAGGCUUCGUUCUACUGACCCCCGUCUUGCCUUUGGAGAUAUGGCUAAAGCUGUGAAAUCUGAAGGCCCAAAGGAGGACCCUCUGGCCCGAACAGGCUAUCCUUUUGGUGGGAUGGUGAAGGACAUAAAGCGCCGUUACCGCCACUACAUCAGCGACUUCACAGACGCUCUGAACCCUCAGGUGCUUGCUGCCAUCAUCUUCAUCUACUUCGCUGCCCUGUCUCCAGCCAUCACCUUCGGAGGUCUUCUAGCGAUGGAGGGCAGCUUCCUGGUCCGAUACAUUUCUCGCUUCACCCAAGAAAUCUUCUCCAUUCUCAUCUCGCUCAUCUUCAUCUAUGAGACCUUCAAUAAGCUCUUUAAGAUCUUUAAAACGCACCCUUUGAUCCUGAACUACGAACAUCUGAAUGAUACACUAGACAACCCCUUCCACCCAAUCAUCAAGGAGCACAUUGAGACCCAUCCAGAUGGCAAUGAAACCAUUCGUGUGGAGGAGUAUGAACGGCCAUACCCCAACACUGCCCUACUCUCUAUGUGCCUGAUGUUUGGCUGCUUCUUCAUUGCAUACUUCCUCCGUCAAUUUAAGAGUGGCCAUUUCCUCCCUGGCCCUAUCCGUCAUUUGAUUGGAGAUUUCGGAGUCCCCAUUGCUAUUUUCUUCAUGAUUGCGGUGGAUAUCAGUAUUGAAGACGCUUACACUCAGAAACUGGUUGUGCCGAAAGGUGUCGAAGUGUCAAACCCCAUGGUCAGAGGCUGGUUUAUCAACCCCCUGGGAGAAAAGAAGCCUUUCCCCAUCUGGAUGAUGGGUGCUAGCUGUAUACCUGCAGUGCUUGUCUUCAUCCUCAUCUUCCUUGAGUCCCAAAUUACCACGCUGAUUGUGAGCAAACCGGAAAGGAAAAUGGUGAAAGGAUCGGGUUUCCAUUGGGACCUCCUCAUCCUGGUCACAAUGGGAGGAAUCUCAUCUCUCUUUGGGGUCCCUUGGCUGAGUGCUGCAACUGUGCGAUCUGUGACCCACGCCAGCGCACUCACUGUCAUGUCCAAAGGCCCCAAACCAGAGAUCGAGAAAGUCGUUGAGCAGAGGGUCAGCGGCACAAUUGUGGCCAUCAUGAUUGGAGUUUCUAUUUACAUGGAGCCUAUACUGAAGAUGAUUCCAAUGACGGCCUUGUUUGGCAUCUUCCUCUAUAUGGGUAUCACUUCUCUAAAUGGAAUCCAGAUGUGGGACAGGAUGCUUCUCUUCAUUACUCCCAAGAAAUACCAUCCCUCUGAUGCCUAUGCCACCAGGGUGAGUACCAUGCGAAUGCAUUUGUUCACUGCGAUCCAGGUCAUGUGCCUGGCUAUCCUCUGGAUAGUGAAGAUAAGUCCCUUCUCUUUGGCUCUGCCUUUUGUUCUCAUUCUGACCGUCCCUCUGCGCAUGUUCAUGACCGGCAGGCUCUUCUCUGUCAUGGAAAUGAAAUGUCUGGAUGCUGAUGAUGCCAAGGUGACAUUUGAUGAGGACGAGUAGGAUGGGUCCCUACAGCCAUAAACAUCACCAUACCACUCAGAUUUAAUUCACAACUUUGAUGCCAGUUCUUUGUAGUUUCAAACUGUUCCAUUGUUAUAUUUAAAGGACAUUACCUGACAUUUUUUAAGUAAUACAUGAGUUCU